AUGGUAAAAUAUGGCAGCGUGGGUAUUGUCUAUCCAUCGGCUUGGGUCACAUUCCCACAUUUUCUAUUAUCACCGAUACCAAUGCGAUGGCUCAUGCAAUAUACCAGCGAUCAUGACAACAGUAUCCCCAUAAUGUAUAUACAGAAAUGGGCUGGAGAUGGGAACUUUGUAUGGUGA